UCUGUGAUUGGUCAUAUGUUGCCUCUCCGCCCCAUUCAUGUGAACACACUCAGGUCGGACCUUGUCAGGAUGGAGGAGAACUACGUGAGGCACGUGGAGCUGCUUGGCUUCGAGAAACGCUUAUUCCCGAGUCAGCACUAUGUGUACAUGCUGAUGGUGAAAUGGAGUGACCUCUCCGAGAAGCUAAUCUACAGGACGUAUCCUGCCUUCCACACACUCCAUAAAUCCCUGAAGGAGAUGUUCCCCAUUGAAGCUGGUCAAAUAGAAAGGAAGGACAGAAUCAUCCCUAAAUUACCGGCGCCACGGUGGUUGGACAGCCAGAAGUCAACAGAAACCCGACAGAGCACGCUGUCAGAGUACUGCAGCUCGCUCAUCAACCUGCCUCCUCACAUCUCCCGCUGCAAACACCUGACUAGCUUCUUCAAGGUCCGACCCGAGGACGAGAACCCGCCAGCCCCAAACACACUGAAAAGAAAUGAGAACUUUGUGCAGUCCAGGGAGCUGGCAAGAGGAAAUGCAUCAGAGAUUUCUGGCCCUAUCAUAUUGGAUACCUACAGAGUGAUUGCUGACUUUGAAAAGACGUCCAAACAUGAGAUCAACCUGCACACCGGAGACACGGUGGAAAUUGUGGAGAAGAAUCAGAACGGUUGGUGGUUCUGUCAGUGCGAGUCUAAACGAGGUUGGGUUCCUGCUUCAUACCUUGAGCCGCUGGACACACCAGAGGAGUCGGAGGAUGCUGAACCAAACUACGAAGGAGAGCUGCAUGUCACCAUCAGGGCCUACAAGGCGGAGCAGGGAGAUGAGAUCUCCCUGGAGCUGGGGGAGACCAUCGAGGUGAUUCACAAACUGCUGGACGGCUGGUGGGUUGUCAGGAAAGGAGAUGAGACGGGACAUUUUCCCUCCAUGUUCCUGCAAAAGGCCGGCAAGAAAGAGAUUUAUGAAGCAGAGAGGCUGAACCUGCAGAGACAGAAACCUCCGCCACGCAGGUCAUCCAUCAGCAAUGCCAAGAGCAUCCACAAAAAAGCUCGUCAGCGUAUCAGCCAGGAUACAUACCGCAGGAACAGCCGACGAUACCUGCAGCAGAAAGGCAGCCACCGAACGGAGAACAGGAAUCUGAAGAAUGCCCCAAAGUCACCACUGAGGGAGAGAAAGAACCAGGAUAACAUCCCUGAGCAGUCUGGCUCCAAUUCAGAGAGCGAGCCGAAGAAGGAGGCUCCGAUCAUCCCUCCACGGCCGAGCGCAGAGCUCAUCAUGGAGCGCUGCAGCGACCGCACCCGCAAGAGAGUCAGCAUCCACAAGUCAGAAAUCAAAACUUAAAAAGCCACAGCGAAAAUAUUGUUUUUAUCUCAAAAAAAGAAGGUUCAAGUUGUAAGCCAUGUUUUUUUUUCACUUGACUGGACUUUAAUUAAUUUUACUUUA